CCCCCUCGUCCUCUAUACUCCUCUUCCCCCCGCCCCUGCAAUUCAUUCGCACCCAAAAAAAUCGAGCCGAUCGAAAAAACCCUAACCGCUGCGAUCGAAUCGAAUCAUCCAGGGGCCGCAGCAGAGCCCGACGAGGCCAUGUCUCCGGCAACCGCCGCCAUCCCCUCCCAAGAUCGCUUCCCCUGGUGAUACGUACGACUCGUGCCGCUCAUUUCUUUGCCUUGGGAUAUAGUAUAUGAGGGCCGCUGCGACCGAUCCGCCGGCGAGGUCGAUGCUGAAGCGGCUGUUCGAUCGCCAGCUCCUGCGGAUCUCGCCAGCGGAUCGUCUACCGUCGGCGGAUGCCGGGGAGAAGGAUGACGCGGAGCCGAGCUCCGUGUGCCUGGACGGCAUGGUGCGCAGCUUCAUGGAGGACGGCGUCGGCGGCGGCGACAAGGCCGGGCACGGCGGCCGGUACUGCAACUGCUUCCACGGAGGCGAUAAUUCGGAUGACGAGGAGGACGACGAAGCGGCGGCGGCCUCGGACGUCGCCGAGACGAUCAAGGGCCUCGUCCACUGCGCUACGCUUCGGGAGCGCAACCUCCUCGCCGACGUGUGCGCGCACCUGGAGCGGCACCGCGCGGCGGGGGCGCGCCGGCGCGACCUGCUCCGCCUGGUGGCCUCGUCGCUCCGCGCCGCGGGGCACGACGCCGCCGUCUGCGUCUCCCGCUGGGACAAGUCCCCGUCGCACCCGGCGGGUGAGCACGCGUACAUCGACGUGCUCCUCCCGGCGGCGUCCGACCGCGGCGCGUGCGAGCGCGUCCUGGUGGACGCGGACUUCCGGUCGGCGUUCGAGGUGGCGCGCCCCACCAAGGCGUACCGCGCCCUGCUGCAGCGCCUGCCGCCCGUGUUCGUGGGCAAGGACGACAGGCUCCGCCUCCUCGUCGCCGCGGCCGCCGCCGCCGCCCGCGCCAGCCUCAGGAAGCGCGGACUCCACCUCCCGCCCUGGCGUAAGCCCGAGUACAUGCGCGCCAAGUGGCUCUCCCCCUACGAACGCGAGGCUCCGCCGGCCGACGCCGCCGCGGGCGAGGAGAAGGACGACGGGGAGGGACCCGGAACCGGAACCGGAACCGCCGCGUGACGACAGGGCUCUCUUGCCAUUUUUGUCUUGGAGGAGGGUCUAGCUGCAAAAGCUAGAAAUCUCGUCAAAAUUUAACUUUUAAUUUUGGUGGGGUGGUACGUAAUUUGGACUGCCAUGUGAUGAGUGAGGUUAUUAGUGCAGCGCGAAAUGAAGGCGAGAGGUAUGUAGUGUAGUGCUAGUUUUUUUUAGGAAGAGAAGUAGUAAAAGAAAAUAUCGGAUUAGCGUCCACUUUUGGUAAUGAUGUUUGUUUGUGUAGUGAUAAAACUUGCGAAGAUGUGAUUUGAUUAUUAUUAUUAUUAUUAUUAUAUAUACUAAAAACCCAGUGAAAAUUGCCAGUUUUAA